AUGCUGUUCUUCACCAGCCUUUUAGGGUUCCUGUCUCUUGUCAACGCCCUCGCUAUCGCCCCUCCACAACCAGAUUACGAUGUCAUUGUUAUCGGCGGCGGCCCAGCUGGUCUCUCGGCCUUGAGCGGCCUCGCAAGAGUGCGUAGGCAUGUUCUUCUCAUCGACUCUGGAGAGUACAGAAAUGGUCCUACGACACAUAUGCACGAUGUCAUCGGAUGGGACGGCGUUCAACCUGCCUAUUUCCGCUACGAGUCCCGCCGUCUCCUCUCGCACUACAAGACCGUAAAGAUGGAAAACGGAACGGUGACAGACAUAAGACCCCUGCACGGAACCAACACGCGGUUCUCCGUCUCAGUAGACUAUCCCGGCCAAUCCAGGACCACCAAGCAAAUCACAGCGCGCAGAAUCGUUCUCGCAACUGGUCUGAAAGAUGUUCUGCCCUCGACGCCCGGGAUUGCGGAGAAUUGGGGCAAGGGUAUCUACUCGUGCCCCUGGUGCGACGGCCACGAGUACGCCGAUCAGCCCCUCGGUCUUCUAUGCCCUCUCGACAAAGUCGCGACCUACGUCAGAAAAGUCCUCACGCUCGGCACGGAUAUCGUAGCUUUUGUCAACGGGACUGACAACGACGAAAUGAGGAGGGCCGCUGACGAGAAAUUUCCCCAGUGGGGGGAGUACCUAAACCUUCACAACGUCACGAUCGACAACCGCACCAUUACCUCUCUACAACGCCUCAAGGACGGCGAAGACGUGGACAGGAAGCCCUGGCUGCCGUCGGUGCCCAAGGACGACCUCUUCAGCGUUCAUUUCACCGAGGGAGAACCCGUGCAGCGCGUCGCCUUCCUCUCGAGCUUCCCCAGCAGACAGCGUUCCGAUAUUGGUGAAAGAGCCGGCGUUGUGUUGACUCACGGGAAGUUGGGAGUUACCAACAAGGCCAUGUUUACGAACGUGCCGGGAAUAUACGCCGUGGGCGAUGCGAAUUCUGACAGUUCACCUAAUGUCCCACACGCGAUGUACACGGGGAAGAAAGCGGCUGUAUCAAUCCACGUGGCACUUGAGAUCGAGAAACAGGCUGCUGAGCUUGCGGGCACAGCAAAGUACAUCGGAUAG